UUCUAGUAGGAACCUAGCAAAGAAGACAAUACCUCUUUUCGCAUGGCGAUUAUCUCCUUUUCUUAUGUCCUUUCAUCGAUCGAGUUAUAUCUGCUUUGUUCUGUUCUAGUCAGAUGUAGACAAUGUCUGCGCAAGAUGUAUUUUGCACGAAAAGAAAUAUCUGCUAUUUGUUAGCUUUCUGUUGUUUUUUCCUGCGGAUAUUCCGUACGCGUUUAUCGCUUCACGGUUUUUCUUCUACAUUAUCUUUUUACGGUCUCUCGUUCACGGUUGUAGUAGAUGCUUUGCAUCACUUAAAAUAAUGCGCACACAUUUACACGCUCUAAUUCUAAUCAGACUAAUCACUCGCAAAACUUAUAUAAUUCUAUCGUAUGCAUCAUACGUUUACCACGAACGUAUCUUGAACCAACCUCAAGACAGUUAUUUCCUUCGCAAGUUUUAAUAACUGUUCGUCAAAGGGUGAGGAAAACGGAAUCGAAAAACGUCUGUUGAAACUGAUGCGUUUUCCGAUUCUAUACUUAGUAUGUAGUAAUCAUCAGUUGUUUUUGAUACAUGAAACAUUAUAUGACACGGAUCAGACAUGUUUAGGGUAGCUGUUCCUUUAUCCCUGGCAUCACAUGCGAAAAUGUUUUGUACCCUCUCCUCAUCCUAUACUGUGACGCUGGAGUCCUGGCCCUAUUUUGCCUGUGGUUUGAGGUUAUCCUAAAGACUUUGCCCUACUCUUCGAAAAUUUUGACAUUUUUGUAUGACGAUCAUUUAUUUUAUUUUUUUCAUAUAAAUUGUAGAUGAAAUCAUCAUUUUUCUUAGUAUCGCUCACAACUGACUUGAGCGUCGUAUCUAAUAGGGCAGGCAUGCAAGGGUAACGAUAAUCAUUAUCGUAUUUAUCGGUCAAAAUACGACAAAGCAGAUAAAAUUCGUAAAGCCUCAAAGAAACCUAAAAUCAGGCGAAGCUGCGUCGAUAACAAGUGCAGACUCCUACUCAGAGCGUUUCGACUCAUGUCUUCAUUUUAUUAGCUACCAGUUACUAUUUAAACUUAAAAUAUUUGAAAUUGAAAAACGCUUAAAUUGUAUUUUCUCCUACACGAGAGCAUUUCUGAAGCUUGAGUCUGCUACAUUUUACAAUGAAAAUGCAAGUUUGUAAAUGUCACUUGCUGGAAUCGCAUUUUUAGAAGCCGGUUUUUAGAGUUAAAACUAGUUUUUACUAUUUUUCAUUCGAAAGAUCGAGUCAUACAAAGUCUAGUAUAGCAGCUGAUAAAAAUUAGGAAAUCAUAUUUUCUACAAGGUUAUCUCUAGACUCAACUUGGAAAUACACUUUGUACAGGGUGAGUAAAAAGAAAAGUCGGUUUUCCGUUAUGAAGAAAUUAUUUUUUUUGAACAGAGUCUAAAGACAACUUUGUAGAAUUUAAUUUUCCUUCUUUUUCUCGUGCUGCUCUCAAGUUCAUACAAAUCGCUCUUUCUAACGAAAAACUUUAAAAGCUAUUUUUCAGCCGAAAGAUCGGCUUCUAGAAAUCCAACUCCAUCAGAUAAACUUCAGAAAGUCGAAUUUCUAGUCUCAGAUCUACCAAACUCAAAUUUUAGAAAUGCUCUUUUGAGAAAGAAAAUUCAUUUGAAACGUUUUUAUUCAAAUGUUUAAAACUAAAGUAGCACCUCCAAGUCACUAUAGUGCACAGAAGAAAUGAGAAUUGUGUAGAGAAUCUGUAAACAGAAGCAUCGCCCUACUCUGACCGCAGGUUUGGCUUACGUUUUGAUUGUUUUGUAAACUCGGCUAAUUAUAUCGUAUUUAUCGUAGUUUGACCGAUAAUGCCGACAACGAUUAGCAAUAACAAUAAUCGAUAAGAGGCGAUUAUCGGUAAGGUACAAUAAACCGAUAAUAUUUCGUUAUCGUUGCAUACCUAGUGCCUAGAAUAUAAUUCAUCCAGAUUUGUCAAACGAAGCCUUAUUCCACUCUGGAGAGUAGAGUAGGAUAAGGGUGUCUUGCACACCUCUACCGCGGUUGAAGCACUCAGCAGCAUAUUUUAUGUAUCGUCUAGAUGGAACUACUAGUUUGGUUCGGGUUUGACGUCGACCUUCAGAUGAACUAGGAAUAUCCUGCAACAGUUUGGUCCUUGAGUAUCCUUGAUGUUAAUCCUCAGGCGUGCGGCUUACCUUAAAGUUAAACUUAGAUCAAUAACCAAUCCGCUCUCUCUCUCAAACCUGAUGUGGAGAGAAGGAGAUCUCGUUGUUAAUUGCAAUACGAUGGUAGUUUUAUUGAAUAUGACUAUUAAUGUUAUUAACGCUUAAAUAAUGUAUCUUUCCCAUCGAACAGAUGUACUGAACUAUUAAUCUAGUUUGAGUUUGAUGUUGACCAUUAAAUAAAAUAGGAAUAUUCUGCAACGGUUUAGUGCACUUCUGCUUUCGAAGGCUUGUGUCGUGAAGAGACAGACGGCGUCUAAUCUUCUUAAGAAGGGGUGGAUAUUCGGUUUUUACCACCAGGAUAUGAGUGUGUAGUUCUUCAAAGCUCUUUCCUUUUCUUUAGAGUUCAGCGAUUAAUUCGCUUUCUCUCUUCAAAUCGAUAUGAAACUCUUGAUGACAUCGAAGAAGGAGACAAUGGUAAAAAUCAGCAGCAAGAUGUCAGUAUUUUGAAUUUGGUAAGGUCGUGCAAUCAAUUAUUUUAUUCAUCUUUCAAUCAAGAAACUUAAUCUUUUGUUUAGUUUCGGUUUGCUAAUCGUUCAGAUGUUACCUUAAUUAUACUGGCAGUUUAUGCGUCUAUACUACGCGGUGUCUGUUUUUCAAUGUUUUUAGUUAUAUUCGGACGUUUAGCCGGCUCAUUAGCUACUCAUACAUCUUCUCUUUGUCAUUUAAAUUUUAAUGAACUUAGUGAAUAUUGCCCAGUCGGUGUAACGCUACAUCCAUUCAAUUUUGAAUCCUAUCAGCACUAUUGUGCCAUUCAUCUUUUCAAUGUUACCGAUUAUAAAACAGAUCUCACACACGAAGUUUAUUCAAAAGUGUUACAAUUAGUAGGACUUGGUGUGCUUAGUAUAUUACUUGCGUAUCUUCAAUUUAUAUUUCUCGAUAUUUCGGGGAAAAAGCAAACAAAUCGUAUACGUGAAAUAUUAUUUCGCACUGUUAUGAAACGCAAUAUUACAUAUUUCGAAACACAUAAAACGGGAGAACUCAGUUCAAGAUUAACAGAGUAUGAAAAACAUUUGGAGGAAACUAGAUUAUAUGGUAUCAAGAGAGGCAUUGUGCUCGGUGUCUUUACCGGUUUUCAACUGAUGUUGUUGUAUUGGACUUAUGUGCCCGGCUUUUGGUUUGGUAUGAUAUUUGUUAAUGGUGACAAAAGCCUCUCUACUGGUGACGUUGUGGUUGUCCUCACGUCUGUUUCGUAUGGUGUCUCAUUUCUCAGUAACGUUAGUUAUGCUUUACAAGCCUUUGCAGAAGCACGUGGGGCUGCAUUGAGAAUAUGGCAACUGAUUGAUGAACCAAACUGCUACACGAAAUCAGUGGAUAUUGGAAAGAAUGAGGUGAAGUUGGUGGGCAAAAUUGAGUUUGAUAAUGUUGAGUUUUCUUACUCAACACGGUCAAGUAUAAAAAUAAUUGAUAAACUAAGUUUUGUUGCCUAUCCAGGUGAAACUAUUGCACUAGUUGGUCAUAGUGGAUGUGGUAAAAGCACGUGCAUACAAUUAUUGCUACGAUUUUACGAUCUAGCAGUGGCAAACUGUAUAAGAAUUGACGAUAAAUCUAUUGAACAACUAAAUGUGAAAUGGUUGAGACAGAAUAUAGGUGUAGUCAAUCAAGAACCGGUACUUUUUCAUACAACAAUUUAUGAAAAUAUUAAAUACGGCACACCAAAUCAAACUGUAUCUGUCGAAGAAAUUUAUGAAGCAGCAAAGCAAGCAAAUGCACAUGAUUUUAUCAUGAAAUUACCUAAUAAAUAUGACACACUGGUUGGUGAAAGGGGCGUACAAUUGUCAGGAGGAGAGAAGCAGCGAAUCUGUAUUGCACGUGCUCUAGUGAAACAGCCCAAAAUACUAUUAUUGGAUGAAGCUACAUCAGCUUUAUUUCCAUGCCGAACAACACUCAUUAUUGCUCAUCGUUUGAGUACAAUAAGACAAGCGGAUAGAAUUUAUGCGAUUGACAAGGGUAAGAUCGUUGAACAAGGGACUCAUGAUACAUUAAUGGAGAAGCAGGGAUAUUACUAUGAACUAGUUCAAACACAAAGUAUUCAACAUGCGGAGGAGCAACCUGAAAAUUCUGAUGAAAUUCAAAAUGAGGAAAAAAUGCGUAGAAUGUCAAGUGCUGUAGAAGCGGAUAUGUCCGAUACUGACAAAGAUCUGAAAAAUAGUAGAACACAUUCACCCUUAGUGAAACUGUUAAAAUUGAAUAGUCCAGAAUGGUACUUUAUCUUGUUUGGCUCUUUGGCUUCUGUUUUUGAUGGCUUAAUACCGCCAAUAUUUGGCGUUAUUCUGAGUAAAGUAAUCGAAAAUCUUUUCUUGUCUUUAUCUGGCUCAACUUUAACAAAACGUGUGCGUGAGAAAGCAUUUUAUUCAAUGUUACGUCAAGAAGUUGCUUGGUUUGAUCGUCCAGAAAAUAGCACUGGCGCUUUGUGUACACGCUUGUCUACGGAUGCUGUUGCUGUGCAAAAGGUGACGGGUGUUAAAAUCGGUGUUUUUGUCAAAACGCUGUCCAAUCUUGGAAUUGGAUUGGCAUUGGGAUUUGUGUUUAGUUGGCAGUUGGCACUUGUCAUGCUGGCAUUUAUCGUAUUGACAUUUGUGUUGUGUUAUAUCCAAAUCUAUUCAAUGGCAAGACUCAAUAAUAAAAAUAAAUUUAUUAUUGAGCAAGCUGGUCAAUUAGCGAAUGAAUCUAUUAACAACAUUCAUACUGUUAUGCAACUGACAAAAGAAGAUGAUUUUUGCGAUCAAUAUUCAUAUAUGAUAACUAAAGCAUACACAUCAUCGAAGAAGCAUGCGCAGUUAUCCGCUAUUAUUUUUAGUACAAUAACACCAAUGGCACUGUUCAUUUUAGCUGCCUUGUAUGGUGCAGCCAUGGUAUUACUUAAACACAACGAAAUCAAGCCAAAAAAUGUUAUGUUGUAA